AUGUCUGAACCUAUUGAUAACUUAUCACCUGCUGAACGCGCUGCUAAAGAAGAGCAAGAAAGACUUGAAAAGAAGAAGGAAGAAGAAGAACAAGCCCAGUUACCAUACACUUGGAAGCAAACUCUUCAAGAUGUCGAUAUCUCGAUCCCUGUCCCAAAAGGUACUCGUGCUCGCGAUCUUGAUAUUGUUAUCAAAAAAACACAAUUCAAAGUUGGACUCAAGGGCAAAGAACCAAUUGUCGAAGGCGAAUUAUGUCAAGCCAUUAAAGUGGACGACAGUACUUGGACCGUAGAAGAUCAAAAAGAAGUCUUGGUUCAUUUGGAAAAAUCAAAUCAAAUGCAAUGGUGGGAGAACGUUGUCAAGGGUGCUCCUAAGAUCAAUACACAAAAGAUUCAACCCGAAAAUUCUCAAUUGAGUGAUUUGGAUGGCGAAACAAGAGCCAUGGUUGAAAAAAUGAUGUUUGAUCAACGUCAAAAGGCAAUGGGAAAGCCUGAUAGUGAUACAUUAAAAAAGGAAGAAAUGUUUGCUAAAUUUAAGCAGCAACAUCCAGAAAUGGAUUUUAGCAAUGCAAAAUUCUCUACUGAAUAA